AUGGGGUGUCGUUUGUCCUGCAGAUGUACAUCACCAAAUACAUUCAACACAAUUCGCCUGGUUCACCUCGAUGGCUAUGUUGAGGACUUUGAUCAUCCCAUCUCAGUCGGUGAAGUCAUAGGCAAGUCCCCAAACCAAUUUCUGUGCGCUGCAGCUCAACUUGUGUCUGCAGGCUCCAAGCCCCUGCAUCCUGAUACCCAACUGCAACCAGGCCAUCUCUAUUUUGUGCUGCCACUCUCAACCUUACAGGAUGACGUUUCUCCUCUGGACAUGGCCUCUGUAGUAAAGAGGCUUACAGCAAAAGCAAAAUCUAUCAGGUCUGACCAUGUCUCACCAAAAACUACUCCUACCAUGGAGAAUUCAUCAGGUAGGAGUCAAGGCCGGCCAGAGAGAAGGGAUAUGACAUAUGGCCUUCAAAAGUCAUGCAGGGCAAGGGCACGGUCCUGGAAGCCGAUUUUGGACACCAUUAUAGAAAUAUCCUUUACUCAGAGGAGUGAAUCUGAUCUACGAGAGAUAAAUUUUAUUACAACGAAAUAGCUUCCAUUUGAGAGGUAUGGAUAUGACUGACGCAGUUUUUGAAUGUUUAUCGACUCUUUGUUGUUUGUAUAUCUGCAAUAUUUUGCAGUUUCUAUCAAGGAGGGAAACAAUUUCUAAUAAUAUCUGGUGAAUUGCAGACAUUAGUGCUGGUAGGAGUUAUGUUGUCCCUAUGUUUCACAUCCGUUGAAAGCAGGGAAUAAAGUUCUGGCCUUCUGGGUUCCAAAACCUCACAACAAUGCU